GGGUUAUUUAAAGGGGGGGCCGAGCGAAGGGGUUGGAAGCAGAGUGAUUCCCCACCCCUGCUGCAUCUAGCUCUUUCCAGUGCAGCCACUGCCGCCGCCCCAGGAGCCCUCAUCCCCUUCCUCGUCCCUCUCCUCUUUCCCGCUCCAACGCCAUGGAGCAAGACGCCGCCGCAGUGGCAGCCACCGUGGCAGCCGCUGAUGCGACCGCCACAAUUGUGGUCAUAGAGGACGAGCAGCCGGGGCCGUCCACCUCUAAGGAGGAGGGAGCGGCCGCCGCGGCCACCGAAGCCACCGUGGCCACGAAGAGCGAGAAGAAGGAGCUCAAACUUGCUGCUAAAGCUUCUAAAUCUGAAAAGGAAAUGGACCAAGAAUAUGAAGAGAAAAUGAAAGCAGACCGAGCGAAGAGAUUUGAAUUUUUACUGAAGCAGACAGAACUUUUUGCGCAUUUCAUUCAACCUUCAGCACAGAAAUCUCCAACAUCUCCUUUGAACAUGAAAUUGGGACAUCCUCGAAUAAAGAAAGAUGACAAGCAGAGCUUAAUUUAUGUUGGAGACUACCGCCACAGACGCACAGAACAAGAAGAAGAUGAAGAGCUACUCUCGGAGAGUCGUAAAACUUCUAAUAUGUGUGUGAGAUUUGAAGUGUCACCUUCAUAUGUGAAAGGAGGACCCCUGAGAGAUUACCAGAUUCGAGGACUGAACUGGUUGAUUUCUUUGUAUGAAAAUGGAGUCAAUGGUAUUUUGGCUGAUGAAAUGGGUCUUGGUAAGACUUUACAAACGAUUGCUUUGCUUGGUUACCUGAAACAUUACCGAAACAUUCCUGGACCUCACAUGGUUUUAGUUCCAAAGUCUACUUUACACAACUGGAUGAAUGAAUUUAAACGAUGGGUCCCAUCUCUCCGUGUUAUUUGUUUCGUUGGAGACAAGGAUGCGAGAGCUGCUUUUAUUCGUGAUGAAAUGAUGCCAGGAGAGUGGGAUGUUUGCGUUACUUCUUAUGAGAUGAUAAUUAAAGAAAAAUCUGUAUUUAAAAAGUUUCAUUGGCGAUACCUAGUUAUUGAUGAGGCUCAUAGAAUAAAGAAUGAAAAAUCUAAGCUUUCAGAGAUCGUCCGUGAAUUCAAGUCAACUAACCGCUUGCUCCUAACUGGAACACCUUUGCAGAAUAACCUGCAUGAACUCUGGGCAUUACUCAACUUUUUAUUGUCUGAUGUCUUUAAUUCUGCAGAUGACUUUGAUUCUUGGUUUGACACUAAAAAUUGUCUUGGUGAUCAAAAACUUGUGGAAAGACUUCACACAGUUUUAAAACCAUUUUUGUUACGUCGUAUAAAAACUGAUGUAGAGAAGAGCCUGCCUCCUAAAAAGGAAAUAAAGAUUUACUUGGGACUGAGUAAAAUGCAGCGAGAAUGGUAUACAAAAAUCCUGAUGAAAGAUAUUGAUGUUUUAAACUCUGCUGGCAAGAUGGACAAAAUGCGACUGUUAAACAUUCUGAUGCAGCUUCGAAAGUGUUGUAAUCAUCCUUACCUGUUUGAUGGUGCUGAACCUGGUCCACCUUAUACCACUGAUGAACACAUUGUUAGCAACAGUGGUAAAAUGGUCGUUCUUGAUAAACUGUUGGUCAAACUCAAAGAACAGGGUUCAAGAGUUCUCAUUUUUAGCCAGAUGACUCGCUUGCUGGACAUUUUGGAGGAUUAUUGUAUGUGGCGUGGGUAUGAGUAUUGUCGGCUGGAUGGACAAACCCCACAUGAAGAAAGAGAGGAUAAAUUCCUAGAAGUGGAAUUACUGGGUCAAAGGGAAGCAAUAGAGGCUUUUAAUGUUCCUAAUAGUAGCAAAUUCAUCUUUAUGCUGAGUACCAGGGCUGGAGGUCUCGGAAUUAACUUGGCAAGUGCUGAUGUGGUUAUACUAUAUGAUUCAGACUGGAAUCCACAGGUUGAUCUACAAGCUAUGGAUCGAGCACAUCGUAUUGGUCAGAAGAAGCCAGUACGUGUGUUUCGCCUCAUCACCGACAACACUGUUGAAGAAAGGAUUGUAGAAAGAGCUGAGAUAAAACUGAGGCUUGACUCAAUUGUUAUACAACAAGGUAUUUAUACAUAUAGACUUAAUUAGGUGGUUUGUUUGCAAAAGAAAAUGCAGUUUUCUUCAAAGGAGAUUACUUUUAAUGAAAGUAAUUCAGUGAUAAUUUUCUCAUUUCAAUACAUUCAACUUUAGACUGCAGAGAUGAAUGAACGCUUGCAGAAAAUGGGAGAGUCUUCUCUGAGAAAUUUUAGAAUGGACACUGAACAAAGUUUGUACAAGUUCGAAGGAGAAGAUUACAGAGAAAAACAGAAGCUUGGGAUGGUGGAAUGGAUUGAACCUCCUAAACGAGAACGCAAAGCAAACUACGCAGUGGAUGCAUACUUUAGAGAGGCUUUACGUGUCAGUGAGCCAAAGGUUCCGAAGGCUCCACGACCUCCAAAACAGCCAAAUGUUCAGGAUUUUCAAUUUUUCCCACCACGUUUAUUUGAGCUCCUGGAAAAGGAAAUUCUUUAUUAUAGGAAGACAAUAGGCUAUAAGGUCCCAAGGAACCCUGAUAUCCCAAAUCAAGCUGUGGCUCAAAGAGAGGAGCAAAAAAAGAUUGAUGGAGCUGAACCUCUUACAGCAGAAGAGACUGAAGAAAAGGAAAAACUCCUCACACAAGGAUUCACAAACUGGACUAAGCGAGAUUUUAACCAGUUUGUUAAAGCUAAUGAAAAAUAUGGAAGAGACGACAUUGAUAAUAUAGCUCGAGAGGUGGAAGGCAAAUCCCCUGAGGAGGUCAUAGAGUAUUCAGCUGUAUUUUGGGAACGUUGCAGUGAAUUACAGGAUAUUGAGAAAAUUAUGGCUCAAAUUGAACGAGGAGAAGCAAGAAUCCAGCGAAGGAUCAGUAUCAAGAAAGCCCUGGAUGCCAAGAUUGCAAGAUACAAGGCUCCAUUUCAUCAGUUACGUAUUCAGUAUGGAACCAGCAAAGGAAAGAACUAUACUGAGGAAGAAGAUAGAUUCUUGAUUUGUAUGUUACACAAAAUGGGCUUUGAUAGAGAAAACGUGUAUGAAGAAUUAAGACAGUGUGUACGGAAUGCUCCUCAGUUUAGAUUUGACUGGUUUAUCAAGUCUAGAACUGCCAUGGAAUUCCAGAGACGCUGUAAUACUCUGAUUUCAUUGAUUGAGAAAGAAAAUAUGGAAAUUGAGGAAAGAGAGAGAGCGGAAAAGAAGAAACGGGCAACUAAAAUUCCAAUGUCACAGAAAAGAAAAGCAGAGUCAGCUACUGAGAGCUCUGGAAAGAAGGAUGUCAAGAAGGUGAAAUCCUAAAGCCUAGAAAUAAAGUUUUAAAUGGGAAACUGCUAUUUUCUUGUUCCCAUCUUCAAAUGCUAAUUGCCAGUUCCAGUGUAUUCAUGGUACUCAAAAAUCUUUUUGGUUUUGAUUUCUUGCAUAUUUUAUAUAUUUUACAAUGCUUUCUACCGGAAAUGUGUAGCUUUAUAUUUUAUGCAUUCUAGUAUUUUUGUGUACUGUAUUUUGUGCAUUUCAUGUCUUCAUCAAAAUCCUCUCAGUCCUUGUUCUUUUGAAGCUUGUGCUGAGGUUUUAGCUUUUCUAUGUUUUAUAUGCCGCUGCUUUGAAAGAGAACCUAGAUUCUAUAGCUGUAUUAUUGUUGUUUCAUACUUUAAAUUUAUAUGGCUGUGGAAAAAUUAAUUAAAAUGAUUUGAGGAGAAAGACUUUUUCACUUCUUUGUUGCUUUCUUUUCUAUUGAGUAUGGGCUUGUGUUAUUGCAUACUGUGAUUAGCAUAAUAAUUGUUUCUUUGAGGUCAUCUAAAUAUUUUUUUUCUAAAGGAAUAAAGGGUGAGAACAGAAAAAUAUUAAAAAAGAACAAUAUUUGAUACUGUGCUUGCUGUCAGUAUGAAUUACAUUUAAAUUAUUCUCUAAAUAUUCAAGUGGGAAAUAUAAUAAAGAAAUGUCUAUAAGAAA